ACUCCCAUACGGCAUUUACAUUGCACGUGUGUUUCUAGCUAGUUUAUAGUCAAAAUGGCUAAGUCAAAAACUGCACGAAAGAGUGGAGAAACUAUGAAGAUGACAAGUUCCCGUGAGACGGUGGUCCAGGGGAUGGAUGACGAGGAUGAAGUGGAGCUUCAUCAAGCACUGGCUGAUGACAAUAUUAGUGCUAGUGAGGAUGAGGGAGGCAGCGAUGACGAGAGGAAACACUGCAAACUGCUGGAGGCCAUCAGCUCGCUCGGGGGGAAGAAGAGGAAGAAGCUUACUGAACGGUCUGAAGCAAGCAUUCAGGUGUCAGAAUUCACAGUCAAUGCAGAAGGUGAAGGAGACAAAAUAAAUAUGUCUGACCUCAUUGGAACCUUGGAUAAGACCCCCAGUGCCUUAAUGAAGAUGAAAAAGCAGCUGAAGAACCUUCAACAUAACCAGAGCACCCUGGAGACACCCCUGACCAGGAAGGAGACAGAAAGGAUCCAAAGAGAAGUGGCUUUUGAGAAAACGUCAAAAGAGGUGUCUCGCUGGCAGAGUGUGGUCCUACAGAACCAGAAGGCGGAGCAGCUGGUCUUCCCACUGAACCAGGAGCCCUCUGGACCCAAACGCAUGGAGCAGGUGGUAGCUGGAUGGAAGGCUCAAACCCCCCUAGAACAGGAGAUAUUCAGCCUCCUACGCAUGAACAAGCAGCCUCUCCAUGACCCUGUCCUGACACCCACUGAGGAGGCCUCUCUGAGGGCCAUGAGUCUGGAGGAGGCCAAGAUCCGUCGUGCAGAACUUCAAAAAGCCAGAGUACUACAGUCUUAUUAUGAAGCGAAAGCCAAAAGGGAAAGAAAAAUAAAAAGCAAGAAAUACCACAGGGUACAGAAGAAAGUGAUGCGUAAGGAGUAUCUGAAACAGUUUGAUGAAAUGGUUAAGACAGACCCUGCUGCUGCCUUGGAGGAACUGAAGAAGAUGGAACUGUCAAGAAUGAAGGAACGAAUGUCUCUGAAGCACCAGAACAGUGGCAAAUGGGCCAAGUCCAAGGCCAUCAUGGCAAAAUAUGAUGAUGGGGCUCGCAAAGCCAUGCAGACGCAGCUGGAAGUGAACAAAGAUCUGACCCAGAAGUUGGUAAUACCUGCUGACGAAGAUGAGGAGGAGGAUGAAGAGGAUUCAGCAGAGACCUUGCCAGACUUUGUGAAUGACGCAGAGCCCAUACUGGACCAGGUGAAUCCAUGGAUGAGAGGCAAGCUUUCUACAGAGCCUACGGUGCAGGAGGAAAGCAGCUGUAUACAGUCUCCUGUUGUUGGUCACGGAGAAGUGGGAAAACCAGGAGAAGGACAGGAUGACCAAGAGGAGGAUGAGGACCAGAUGGAGGAAACCGAAGAAGAUGCACUUUUAAGAGGGUUUGAGGAGAGGCGGAAAUUGCGUCAAACUGAAGAUGUUGAGGUUGCACCCAUGUCUAUGGUGGAGAAUGACGAUGGGAAGAAAGCUGAGACUGGAGAGAUCUCUGACGAUGAUGAGGAGGCUGGGCUCUCAGAGUUCACCAGCCUGUUCCAUGGGCUAGUGAAGAACCACGUGGAGCCUCCAGCUGACCAACCCAAGGCAGCGGCAGGUGUAGGCCAGGGGGAGAGCCCUGCCCUGCUGGAGGAGGGCCUGGUGCGGGUUAGGACCCUGGAGGAUGUGGAGCUGCUCAGUCAGGACGUCUCUGCCAAUGACCCAGCACCUCUAAUCACCCAGACUCCAAGCACAGAGGAAACAGACCCUCAGUCUGCAACUCAACAGACAAAGAGAAAGAGAAAGAGAGUGAUUGAUCCAAAUGAGGUUCUGACCAAGGAGGCGAAGGUCAUCAAAGUGCCGUUGGCUCCAACAGCUGUCGAGGAUGUUGAGGACAAGGAGGAACAGAGGGUCAUCAUUAAAGAGGCCUUUGCAGGGGAUGAUGUCAUCUCCGACUUCCUGAAGGACAAAAGGAAACAGGAGGAAGCAGGAAGGCCGAAGGUUAUUGACCUGACUUUGCCUGGAUGGGGAGAGUGGGGAGGCCUCGGUCUCCAACCCUCUCGUAGCAAACGCAAGAGAUUCCGGGUAAAAGUUGCUCCUCCUCCACCAAGGCAAGACCAAAAGCUCCCUAACAUCAUCAUCUCAGAGAAGCGGGAUUCCUCCAUUGCUGCACACCAGGUGAGUCAGUUACCAUUCCCAUUUGAGAACCCCACACAGUUUGAGCGCACCAUCCGUUCUCCUGUUGGCCGCACCUGGAACACCCAAAACACAGUGCAGAAGAUCACGGCGCCAAAGGUCGUCACCCAGUUAGGUGCCAUCAUUGAGCCAAUUGCUCGGGAGGACUUAAUAAAGGACAACAGACAGGCAGUCACAGGGAAAGGGCCCAAUAUAAACCUGGAGUCAGACCAAGGCGCUCAGAAGAAAAGACGCUCGCAGCAAAAGAAGAAACACAAACACAAAAAGAACUGAUGGUCCUACGGGUUGUCAUCACUGAAAUGUCUGAGACUGUUGAUAAGAACUCUUUCUGUUCAUUAGGUUAGGGGCUCGAUACAAUCCGUAUCCCUGAAGUUCAGCGCUAUUGUGCGAUUAAAUAUAAAGGUAAUUUCCGAUUUGAGCUGACGUAUGCAGCAUUUCCAGUGAAUGCCGUCUCCGCGAACGCAGAAACAUUGCCUUUUAAAUGUCAAGCACGCUGUAACGCUGAUAUUCAGCGCUACAGAUUGAAUCGAGCCCUCCGGUUGUAUUUCAGUGUUGAGGGUUCUGUGUCUACUGGUUGUCUGUCUAUUUUAGUGACUGAUUCAGAUGAGAGGAAACCAAGCUGUGUGCUUUCUGGGCAAUUGUGACUAUUUACCAUUACCUGCCUCUGUAAGGAUUGUCAGUUGGCCUGUUGGUUCUUAGGGAGUUGUGCACUCCUGAUUUAAAAUAGAAGCUCAAAUGAGACCAUGACCUCAUGAAAUUAUAUUGUGAAUCUUUGAUGAUAUGUCAACAAAAAUCAGGUAAUCAGAGGAUAUAAAAGUAAACUUUCAUGUAAAUGUAUUUUUAUGUAAUUGUUUUGUUGGUUUCAAGUGCUUAAUAAAACAAAUGAAACCUAAUAAACC